AAAUAUUAUAAAUCACUUGUAGCGUUGCUUCUUCUCUACAACCACAGGUAUCCCCAUCGUAAUCUCUCAGAUAUAUACAGCAAGUUCAACUCAAUUUUCGGUGAUUUCAGUUGUCAUUUGAGUAGCUAAGGCCAAAGCCAUGGCAUCCCUCCUCUUAUUACUGCUCCUGUCUCCACUCUCCACCACCGCAGCCUCCAGCGGCGCUUACCCUACCAUCCCCGGCAGCACGGACACCUCUUUCCCCGCUUCACAAGACAGCAAACUUAUCCCAAUCAGGCGUGAGGUGUAUGGUGAUGGGAGAAUAUUUGACAUAACCCACAGGUACACAAGCGACAUGCCGUCCAUGGGAUCAGAAAAUGGGCUGGGUCAGUUCCUGAGGCUCCCUGCAAGCAUGAAGAAUGGGUCCUUCGCCAACAUAUCGGAGAUGAAGUUGAUCACUCAUACUGGCACACACGUCGAUGCACCUGGACAUUACUAUGAUCAUUACUUCGAUGCUGGGUUUGAUGUGGACACUCUUGACCUUGAAGUGCUUAAUGGUCCUGGACUAUUAAUUGAUGUUCCAAGGGGGACGAACAUAACUGCUGAAGUUAUGAAGUCCUUACAUAUUCCCAAAGGAGCUCGACGUGUUCUUUUCAGGACAGAAAAUACCGACAGGCGACUUAUGUUCAAAAAUCAGUUCGAUACAAGCUUUGUGGGAUUUACAACGGAUGGAGCAAAAUGGUUAGUAGACAACACUGACAUUAAGCUUGUUGGAAUUGAUUACUUAGCUGUUGCUGCUUGGAGUGAUUUGGUUCCAGCUCAUCUUGUCCUUUUGGAAAGCAGGGAAAUCAUCAUUGUGGAAGGCCUAAAACUCGAUGACAUCCAACCUGGUGUGUAUUCUAUCCAUUGCUUGCCUAUAAGAAUGCUCGGUGCUGAAGGAUCACCAACGCGAUGCAUUCUCAUCAAAUGAUAACUUUAUAUUGUAAGUUUCUGGCAUCUAAAGUACUGAUUCCAAACUUGAUCGUAAUUUUCUAAAAUUAUCUGUCAAAGAUACAAUCAAGCUUUGUGCCAGUGACAUGUACAUUUUUGUUUGUUUCAUAUACAAUUAAUGGAUCUUUCUGAAAUAAAUUUUGUACCAUGGCAUAUUAACUUCUAUUUACUGCCUCAUUUCUUGGAGAAAA